AACGGCCCGUCCCCCAUGGCCGCCCUCAUGUCGGUGGCGGACACUCUGGGCACGGCGCACUCGCCCAAGGACGGCAGCUCCGUGCACUCCACCACGGCAUCCGCCCGGCGCAACAGCAGCAGCCCGGUCUCGCCGGCCUCGGUGCCCGGGCCGCGCCGCCUGGCCUCUCGCAACGGGGACCUGAAUUUACAGGUGGCGCCUCCGCCGCCUAGCGCCCACCCGGGCAUGGACCAAGUGCACCCCCAAAACAUUCCGGAUUCCCCCAUGGCCAACAGCGGACCCCUCUGCUGCACCAUUUGCCACGAACGUUUGGAGGACACGCAUUUCGUUCAGUGCCCAUCCGUCCCCAGCCACAAAUUUUGUUUCCCUUGCUCUAGAGAGAGUAUCAAGGCCCAAGGGGCCACCGGCGAGGUGUAUUGCCCCAGCGGAGAAAAAUGCCCCCUGGUCGGGUCGAAUGUACCUUGGGCCUUCAUGCAGGGCGAAAUCGCGACUAUCUUAGCUGGGGAUGUCAAAGUGAAAAAGGAGAGAGACCCUUGAACCCCUGGGCAGCCGGCGCCUCCGCCCAGACCGGCUCCUCUCAGCCCAGAGGGCCC